CCACUAUGGACCAAUAUAGCAUCCUGGGCCGUAUUGGAGAAGGGGCCCAUGGCAUUGUUUUCAAAGCCAAGAACGUAGAAACUGGUGAGACAGUGGCCCUGAAGAAGGUGGCUCUCCGUAAGCUGGAGGAUGGGAUCCCCAACCAAGCCCUUCGGGAGAUCAAAGCCCUGCAAGAGAUUGAGGAAAAUCAGCAUGUGGUGAAGCUGAAGGACGUCUUCCCCCACGGCACGGGCUUUGUGCUGGUGUUCGAGUGUGAUCCUAUGCAUGUUUACUUGGACGUCCCAGGAAACAACAACAACAAAAUUUUCCACCAAAAGCCAGCCUCUGAAAUGGAGAAAGCUGUGGAAUUAAGUGAAAGCUUAAUUCAGUUCUUACUGAAAAGAGAUUUCUGGGAUCAGAAUGUACUCAGAGGCACCCUUGAGGAUGUGUUCCCAGAAGUGCAGGAGUGCGUCCCCCAGCCCAUCGCCUCGCAUUGA